UUUCGUAUGAGAAAGAAAAGGUGAUCGAAACGAGAACCCAUCUCCUCUCUCUCUAUCUAAACCCUGUUCCUCUAAAAAAGAUUCGAAUAUUUUCCCCACUCUCCCCAGAUUCAUGCAGAGAUUGGAAAGCUCAAUGCUGAGCUAGUAAUAACCAUAUCCUUUUCCCUUCUCUAAAACGAAGAAAAGAAAAAAUCCCAUCGAAAUCCCCAACUGGGUCCUUCACAAAUCACUCCCAAACCCAACAAACCCCGAGAUUUCAUCGAUUCAAGCUGACCCUUUUGAGAUCUCUUUCACCCUCUUCAUGGAUCAAGAUCGCUCCCUCGGCCGUCACGUGCGCAGUCCCGUGCCGCCGCCGGACCCCGGUGGCUAUAGGCUGAGAGAAAAACCAAAGAGAACGACGGGCUUCGACGAUAUCGGAGAGAACCAAUGUGGUGAAUGCGGCAGAGAAUUCAAAUCCCGCAGGGCUCUGUUUGGCCACAUGAGCUCCCAUUCUCAGAGAGCUCAGAGAGCCAAGGAAGAAGAUGAUGCAAGAUCACUGAGCAAGAAGCAGAAGAGGGUGUCGCCCGAGUACCCGAAGGAGCAAGUUGACGGCGCCCUUGCUCUCAUGAUGCUCUCCAGGGAUCAAGGCAAUUGGGGAAAUGGGGUUCCUGGGGUUUCUGAUUAUGAUGAUAACUCCCUGAAGAAGAAGAAGAAGAAGAAGAAGAAGAAGAAGAAGAAUGGAUCCAAUGGCUUAGGAGCUGAUGCUGCGAUAAAUAAAGCAGGAGGAUUCCAAUGUCGGGUUUGUUGCAAAGUGUUUGGCUCUGGUCAGGCUUUAGGUGGACACUGGAGGGCUCAUUCGUCAAGGGCUACUCUUAGAAGUGUUGACGGCGAUGAUGCUUAUUUUGGUGCGCAAUGACCACCAAUAUCAUCGCAAAUUGAGGGUGCAUAGAUUCUUGCUCUUUGAUGUAGCUCAUUAUUCCGGGUGCUCAAAGGCGAGUAUUAAAACCUAAGAGGGGUUUUGAAGAUUUGAAGAGAGUCACUUGUGAUAGGCUAGCUAUUUUGAGGAGAAACAUGGAUCAAUGUCAGAUUUGUGGCAGAGUGUUUGGGUCUGCAGGUCAGGCAUUGGGUGGACAUAAGUGGGCUCAUUCGGCAAUGGUUACUACUCCUAGAAUUACUGAGGAAAAUUAAUCACUUUGCCAACAGUACUCUGAUUCUUGAAGGCAAUGGAGAGCUGGGUGUUGCUGUGGGUGGGAGCUAAACAGGAGACUAAGGUGUGAAGCUGGAAUAUUACAAAAUGACUACAGUUUUUGUAUAUUUUGCGUUUUUGUUUUCGGUUUUAAUUAAAAACCAUGUGGCUAUGUACAUGGGUUGUGAUGAUACUCUGCUUAUCUGUUUUUUCUUUUCUUUUUUUGUUAUAAACUUAACAUCAUCACUGUAUAG